AUGGGCCAGGUGGAGUCUGAGUGGCUCGAAACCUUUGCAGCUUUCUUCAAGCAACUGCAGCAGGACGUGCGUGAGCAGCUCUUUAAGACGCUGAUGGGGAAGGCCGAAGAGCUUGUCAAGGCUUGGGAGUCGGAAAUGGACGAGGUGAACCAGGAGAUUGACAAGAAGGUGAAGCAGAAGAGGCACCGGUUGUCCGAGGCAGUCAGCCGGCGGCACGAGUCCGCCCGCGAAGACUAUUGGAG